GGCGGCCCCGUGCGCCUGCGGAGUACGCAGCAACGCGCGCCGUUAGGGGGAGGAGCGUGCGCGGGUGCUAAUUGGCCCGAGCGGCGGCCCCGCCCGCGAGUGGCGGGCGGUCACGUGACGCGACGGCUGGGGGCUCCCGGCGCGGGGGACGCUGGUGGCCAAGAUGGCGGCGGAGCUGGUGGAGGCCAAAAACAUGGUGAUGAGCUUUCGAGUCUCCGACCUUCAGAUGCUCCUGGGUUUUGUGGGCCGGAGUAAGAGCGGACUGAAGCACGAGCUGGUCACCAGGGCCCUGCAGCUCGUCCAGUUUGACUGUAGCCCUGAGCUGUUCAAGAAGAUCAAGGAGCUGUACGAGACCCGCUAUGCCAAGAAGAACUCGGAGCCCGUCCCUCAGCCCCACCGGCCCCUGGACCCCCUGACCAUGCACUCCACCUACGACCGGGCUGGCACCGUGCCCAGGACUCCGCUCUCGGGCCCCAAUAUUGACUACCCCGUGCUCUACGGGAAGUACUUAAACGGACUGGGACGGUUGCCCGCCAAGACCCUCAAGCCAGAAGUCCGGCUGGUGAAGCUGCCCUUCUUCAACAUGCUGGAUGAACUGCUGAAACCCACUGAGCUAGUCCCACAGAGUAACGAGAAGCUCCAGGAGAGCCCGUGCAUCUUCGCGCUGACGCCGCGGCAGGUGGAGCUGAUCCGGAACUCCAGAGAACUGCAGCCCGGGGUCAAAGCCGUGCAGGUCGUCCUAAGAAUCUGUUACUCAGAUACCAGCUGCCCGCAAGAGGACCAGUACCCACCCAACAUCGCCGUGAAGGUCAACCACAGCUACUGCUCGGUCCCGGGCUACUACCCUUCGAACAAGCCUGGAGUGGAGCCCAAGAGGCCCUGCCGCCCCAUCAACCUCACCCACCUCAUGUACCUGUCCUCCGCCACCAACCGCAUCACCGUCACCUGGGGGAACUAUGGCAAGAGCUACUCAGUGGCCCUGUACCUGGUGCGGCAGCUGACCUCGUCAGAGCUGCUGCAGAGGUUGAAGACCAUCGGGGUGAAGCACCCGGAGCUGUGCAAGGCUCUAGUCAAAGAGAAGCUGCGCCUUGACCCCGACAGCGAGAUCGCCACCACUGGGGUGCGCGUGUCCCUCAUCUGCCCGCUAGUGAAGAUGCGGCUGUCUGUGCCCUGCCGGGCGGAGACCUGCGCCCACCUGCAGUGCUUCGACGCCGUCUUCUACCUGCAAAUGAAUGAGAAGAAGCCCACCUGGAUGUGCCCGGUGUGUGACAAGCCGGCACCGUACGACCAGCUCAUCAUCGACGGGCUGCUGUCCAAGAUCCUGAGUGAGUGCGAGGACGCCGACGAGAUCGAGUACCUGGUGGACGGCUCGUGGUGCCCGAUCCGCGCCGAGAAGGAACGCAGCUGCAGUCCCCAGGGCCCCAUUCUCGUGCUUGGUACCUCGGACGCCAACGGGCUCCUGCCCGUCCCCAGCGUCAAUGGGAGCGGCGCCCUGGGCGGCAGCGGUGGUGGCGGCGGCUCGGUCAGUGGCGCCGAGAAUGGGAAGCCGGGAGCAGAUGUGGUAGACCUCACGCUGGACAGCUCGUCGUCCUCGGAGGAGGAGGAGGAAGAGGAGGAGGAGGAGGAGGAAGAUGAGGAGGGCCCCCGGCCCAAGCGCCGCUGCCCCUUCCAGAAGGGCCUGGUGCCGGCCUGCUGACUGCCGGCCGGACGCUCGACUUUCCUGGUGCUCACACGCGGGGCGCGGCCGGCUCGGUGCAGAGGGAGGAGUGGUUUUUUUUUCUUUUUACUGUCAUUUAUUUUGUGUUUCCACCCCUUUCCCUGGCUCCUGGCACCUGUACCUCUGGAUUCUCCUAUCUGGGGAUUAAAAAAAAGUAAAAUGGCAAAAAAAAAAAAAAAA